GAGCCACCGGCAGCAUUAACAGUGAGGGAAGAGACUCUGUUUUCACACACAGCACAGAGUGGAGCCAGCACUGACGCGCAAACACACAUAAACGCACACAUACUCAUUCACACACAUGCACAGGGAGAAAACGGGAGGUUGACGGAGGCUCCAGCUGUAGCAUGUCCACUGGCUGCAGUCAGACAUGUAGGAGGAGGAGGUGCUCUGCUCGCCGUUCCAUGUCCGCUUCAGUCCUCUAAGCACCUCCCAUCCCCCCCUGAACGCUCGCUCCCUGGCUCUGCAGUUGCUGAGGGGCUGGCUGGAAUGACCCGGGAGAGCGGGAGAGACAAGGAGAUGCGCUAGACGGGGCUGCUUGCCGGGAGGACUCUCUGAUCCUUGAUCCCUCCUCUUGUCCAGGCUGACAGAUACAAGGCAGACCUCUGAUCUGCCCCACAGAUGCAUGCCCAUAUAGGAGGGCAUGGCUGUGUAGACCGAGGGUCUUCACCAAACACGGCCACAGAGAGGAGUAUCACCACAGAGACACGCAGGAACACACACCACGGACCAGACGCUUCUGUGUGUGUAUGAGUGUUUGUGGGAGAUCCCUGCUUAAGAAAAGAACCUCCUGUCCACCAGUCAGCAUUCAGAGUUCGUGAAUGAUUGCGAAACAGAGAGCGGCCUUUGCAGUGCGACCUUGUCCCAUGCUGCUCCCUCCUCUCAGGGGAUGGCCAAGGUCCAGGAUGGACACACGAACGCAUGUGACAGUUCUGCAAUGUUAGAGGAGAGCCAGGAUGGUAUGGACAGUGGUACCCUAAGUCCUGCCUCAGCUCGACAGGUCACCAUCCAGCGUCACCCUACUCAAGGCUUCGGCUUCAUUGCAGGCAGUCAGAGGCCUGUCAUUGUACGCUCCGUCUCUGCUGACGGUCCCUCCUUUGGCAAGCUUCUCCCUGGAGACCAGAUCUUGGCCAUAAACGAGGAGACGGUGAGCGACGCGCCCCGAGAGAGAGUCAUAGACCUUGUAAGACGCUGCAAAGACUCUAUAGUUCUCACUGUGCUGCAGCCCCAUCAGUCACCUAAGUCUGCCUUCAUAAGUGCAGCCAAAAAGGCCCGCCUGCGAACCAACCCGCCUAAAGUGCGCUUUUCAGAGCAAGUGUCCAUCAGCGACCCAGACUCAACAAUGCUCAAGGACGACUCCUUGCUACUCAUACCAAAUGUGUUGAAGGUGUUCUUGGAGAAUGGACAGAUUAAGUCCUUUACAUUCGAUAGCCGUACCACUGUUAGGGAUGUGAUCUCGUCCCUGCAGGACCGCCUCUCACUGCGCUACAUUGAGCAUUUUGCAUUGGUGCUGGAGGCAGGUGGUUUGGACCAGAAUCAAAGGUUGCAUCUACUGCAGGACAACCAGCCUCUGACACAUGUGGUGCAUAGAACCUAUUUCCAAGGGAUGAAGUGUCUGUUCCGCAUCUGCUUCUUCCCCAAGGACCCUGCGGACCUGCUGAGAAGGGACCCCGCCGCAUUUGAGUACCUCUAUAUACAGAGUCGCAAUGACGUCAUCAAGGAGCGCUUUGGAAUGGACUGGAAAUCUGACAUCACGUUACGAUUGGCUGCUCUCCAUAUCUACAUCACUGUGUCCUCCGCACGGCCCAAUCAGAAGAUCUCUCUCAAGCAUGUCGAAAAAGAAUGGGGACUCGAGCCUUUCCUUCCCCUCACUCUGCUCCCAACAGUCAAGGAGAAGAAUGUGUGCAAGAGCCUGUCGCAGUUGCUGAAGACCUACCAGCAUCCACCACCUUCGGGCAACAAGGUCCCUCCUCUCCAAGGAAAGCUGCAGUACAUGCGUGUACUCAACGACCUCCCACCUUUUGGUGGAAUACUGUUCCACACUGUUGGACUGGAUGAGAAACAGUCAGCUACAACACUACUGGUGGGUCCUCGACAUGGCAUUAGUCAUGUGAUUGACCUGAAAAACAACCUCACAACCGUUCUGGCCGAGUUCAGUAGGGUUGCCAAGAUCCAGCUCUACAGAGAGAGCCAAGGGGUGGCUCGUGUGGAGGUGACAAUCCAUGAGGCCAAGUCUCCUAAUUCCCCUCCCUACCACCCUCUGCAGCCCUUGGUCCUUCUCAUGGAAUGGCCUGAUGCCAGUAAUUUUGCCUGCCUCAUCUCUGGCUACUACAAGCUGUUUGUAGACCCUAAACGGACCAUCUACUUCCGGACUCCUGGUCAGUCUCAGCUGACCAAGGCAGAUUACAGAAGCUCCCACCAUGCCCACCCACGUUCUGGGGCAACCAGCUUGCCAAGUGGAGGGCGGCGAGGGGACGAGAGGGAAAGCUCACACAGGGAGUCAGGGUCCGCAAGGGCCCUUGUUCCAGCAGAGCCUCAGCAUCUAGGCCUGUGUCAUGUCCACCUUCGAGAACAACAACAAUUUCAAGAGCUCCAAACACACACCGAAGCUGAACUCGACAUCAAUGAGAACUUUAUUUCCCAAGAGCCCCCUGGGCGGCCCCGCACCAAGUCAGACCCCACCCAGCAGAGUACAGAGGAAAUAGCUGGGGUUUUAGAAACCCCAGCAGUGGAGAAUGCAGGAUUCCGAAUCCGAGCCCAAACUAUGGGACAAUCCCAGAAAACCUCACGAUACUUCUGUGACUCCUGCAAAGCCAGGCACAGGGCAGAGGGUCUUACAACAGCAUUUAACAGUAGUGGGAGCUCUGGAAAACACUGUUCCAGUGCUUGUGCCUCCCGAGAUGGAGGUGCUGUUGACCUCAUGGCACUACCGCCCCCGGGGAAUGAAGAGGAGGACGAGCCAGAUGGUGGAGGAGAAAAGCUGCAACCACCACCACCUGCUAUUGCUGCCCCACCACCUGGCUUCAGGGACAACAGUUCAGAUGAGGAUGACACAAAGAGAGGGAGGAAGGCUCGAGCCAGUGCCAGCGCAGGGGUUGCCUCUGGGAAGCUGGCCCAAGCCAAGGAAGAUGUGCCUGUGACACUGAUUGAUAAUGUUGCCACGAGAACAGUCCGAGAUCAUGCCCAGGAACUUGAUGAUGCUCUGGUGUCCACAUUACAGGCACUAGAGGCUUUGGCAGCCUCUGAGGACUACCCCCAUCAUCCUCAACAGCCAACACAGACUGCAGGGCUGAUUGUCUUAGCUGCCAUUACACCUGAGUCAUCAUUGGACUCAGGCCAUGAGACCAACUCCUCUGAAUUGACAGAUGUUUCUGAGAUGGUGUCGGCUAUGAAGCAGAACCAGAACCAGGCCUAUCUGCUGGCUCACCAUAUCAACAAGGAACGUAUUCUCUGCCGCCGCGACUUUCCCCUGGCUAUCCCUGGCUGCACUGCAAAGACCAUAGGGACUGGGGCCUUCUCUGUGGGUCAGAUUCGUGCCGGUUGUCCACCCAAGCAAGUAAUCCUCAGCAAGACUGUUCCCUUUAAAGUCGGGCCCAGUCAAGACUCUGCAGUGCUCAGUGUUGUGACAGAGCAGGGGGGCAAUCAAGACACUACUCAGACUGAACAGAAAGCAGAAACGAAGGCAAACUCUGAGUCCACCAAAGCAAACACCACGGACCCCCCUUCUAAAUCACCUGAAGAACUUAAAAUGGCUGAUGCUUCACUGACAGCUCAAGUCAGUAAAGAUCAGAAGUUUUCAAAUUCUUUAGGGGAGACACUGACCCAAAAUCUUUCUGAUGGUAUAAAGGGGAAGACAACAGCACCUCUUAAUACAGACCCUAGCAACAAAGCCUUACCUAUCCUCCUGCCUCUGGAAAGAACUGCCUCUGCCAAGAUUUCACCCACUAAUAUGUGCCAAGAUGCCAAGACUGCCUCUAGUGAGACCAUGAAGCCUUCAAGCUCUGCAGAACUUCUGCCAGUUGACGACCUUUUCUGCACAUGCCCAGUGCAGGAGCCUGGACCCCAACUAAGACUAAAAGAUCCACAGGUUCAGAAGGUAGUGGUGUUUCAAUCCUCCUCCCCCACAGAUGAUGAGCGUCUUCGGGCCAAAGGCCUACAGCUGGCUAACAGCAAAGAAAAUACAGUGAGAGUAGGAGCAGAUCCUAGUUUGGCAAAACCCAGCCCUCAGAUGCAAACCAAGUACUCCCCUCGUUUGCCUGUUAAAGCAGAGAGAAAAGAAGCAGCUGAAAGCAAGGCUGAGGCUGCCACGGGCAAAUCUCACCUUGAGUCACAGAGAUGCCCCAUAAAAUCUUUACCUAUUUUAGAUGAUCCAACAACACCUAGCCUCUCUGUAGAUAAGGUCUCUACUCUCCCAGCCAGAGACUCAAAGAAGCAAGUUAGUGGUAAGGGGAAGUCCCAGCGGAGUGUCCCUUUCUUAAGCUUUAGAAACCUUCUUUCGGCUACGUUCCCUGCAAGAAUGCGAAGAGAAACAGAUGAGCGAAGGGCUCAGUUGCAGAAAGUCCGUCAGUAUGAACUAGAGUUCUUAGAGGAGCUACUGAAACCCAAGUCAUCCCAGGGCGAAUUUUUGCCCCAGGGAUCCUCACCUGUGCCCUCAGGCACUCCUUGUGCCUGCCAGCUCCGCACCAGCCCUGUCCUAAAGGCACCAGGUAUCUCCAGGGAGCAGCGACGCAGCUGUGAUUGUAAGCGGAUGUGUAGGGGCAUGCGACUACCUGAUACACCAGUUGGCUCCACAACAGAGACACAACACAGAGGCAGAACUAUCUCGAAGACUCCUCCAGCAGUCUCCAAAGCCCCUCAUACCCAAGGUGCUACAAGGAGACCUCAGACCUUAGAGAUCAAGACCACACGAAUACGCUCUACCAGCCUUGAGUCAAGGGAGCCAAGGGGAGAACAGGGUUCCUGCUUGCCCACCUGUACUUCUCAAACUGAUUGCAUGGGAGCACCACAAUAUAAGAAGCUCCAGAGGCGUUACAGCAUUGGAGAGCUGGAUAACAGCACUAGCACACCUGUGUAUGCUGAAGUAAAGCCCAAAGCCAAGAGCCUAGAGAAGGAGAUGGAAAGAGUGAGGGCCACAGGGCUGAGGCUCCCCACCCCAAUAGAGCCAGUCCACACUCAGUCUCACCAGGCAGAAGGAAAGGGAAAAAAGGGUGUGUUUUUUAUUCAGGGAGAAGAGCUACUGCGUGAAGGUAAAGAUGGGACUGGCGAGGUGCUGCUGACCCUGCCCAGUGAAGACAGUGAUGAAAAAGAUAAAUGCUGCUCGUUCUGUUUCUGCUACAGGAAGUGUGAAGCAGCAGAUGAAAGCAGUGAGAAGGACGAGCUUUCAUACUCCAUACCCCUUCAGGUCCUUCCAGGCAUGGAGCUGGACUCACGUACCUUUCCUGUAGUAAGCAAAACACUCCAGGUUCUGAAUGCAGAGGACUGCAGUGGAGAGGAAGAGGAGGAGGAAGAGGAGGAGCCACAAACACAGGAGAUUGACCUGAGAGCCUGUGGUACACUGGAGGGGAGCCUGGCACGGGUACAGGCUCUACAGGGGAAAAGUUUCAGCUUGCCUGAUGGUUUCCUAAAUGCCCAGUUGGAUGCUAAUGAGUUGCUAGCUAUCCUGCGUCAGUGUGCUAACAGCCCACAAGCUGAGGGUGAGGCUCGUCUUCAGCCCUCACAGAUUGCAGAGUAUAAACAGGAGCUGGCGGUGCGCUUCAAAGAAUUCAGAGCAUCUUGUCGGCGAGUGGCAAGUGUUGAAAAAAGUCCAACACGUAUGCUUGCUGUUGUCACAGCCAGCUUUCAAGUGUUGUGUGAACUAACUCAGACCUUCAUCAAAUUGGUCAGAGGGGUUCGUUCAGAAACCCAGAGGCUGCAGCUGUUGAGAAAAGUUGAAGAAGUAGCUAUCAACUACACUUUGCUUCUACGUGCAGCAGAAGAAUCAAUGGGACACUCAAGCAGCUUGCCAACAAAGACAGUGAGCCCUCAAGUUUCCUCCAACACCAAUAACAUGAGCUCACUCACUCGACCCAUCAAAACUCUGCCUGCCCAGUAAGGAUAAAUCUGGCAGGGAUGUAAUCAAAACAGUACAGAAUGUGGGUGGCUACUCUAUCCAAAUUCAUUAUUUGUUUAUUGUUUACAUUUUUUACAAGUCAUGCAAUCUUCAGUAUAAAUUGCAAUGCAGCUGUUCCAUCCCAUGUUUACAGGCCCUGAGGUAGCCUCGUGGAUCUUGUUUUGAAAUAUAAAGAUACACCAAACUAAUGCACAAUGGAAUAAGAACCCUAUAACAGACUGGGUGAUACAGGGCUAAUCACCUCAUAUCAAUAUUCACAAUAUACAUAAGUCACUAUAGUAUAAUAUUUUAUAUGUAAUGUAUAUUUGAGUUGUGUCUACUUAGCAAAUAAUAUAAAGUUUUGUGAAGAAAAAAGUGAAGAAUAUAUUUGAAAUGUAUUGAGUUAAGAGACUUAUAAAGAUUAUAAUAAAUCAUCAGAAAUAAAUGUAUGCUCUGCUCUGGACAAAAAUAUUUCAGAGAUCUCGUCACGUAGCGACUUCUGUUAAUUGCGUAGUCCAAAGCGUUGGUUGGUUAGAUGGUGAUGUGUGUGUUUGUUGAAUUUUCUAACUGUUGUAAUGCAAAAUGGAGAUCUCUGUUGGCUAUGUUGACUAUGUCUGGCGUACUGAUACAAGAGUGAAAAUGUAAGUGACAGUGUUGGAAAAUGAAAACUGCUGAAAGACAGGUAUGACAUUUUAAACUAUAAUGACUGACAGAGGCCCAUUCUCUCACUAUAACAGUGCAGGUUUGAAACACACCUGCUCAGGGCAGACAAUGUAGCAGAGACCCAAAUCAUAGUCUUAUCCACUAUACGGUAAUGAGUGUUGUUACCUCACUCAGCUGUAGAGAAGGAAUACCCACACUGUACUUAACGCACAGAGUGUUUUACACCAUCACAGAUCCAUGGCUCACUUGCAUCUCACUUGUCGUGAAUCAUAGUUUUAAAUAUAACCAUCCACUUGCAAGUGAGUAAGCUUAUCACUAGAAUUUUGCACAACCUCUGAAAUUAGCUCUGAAGUUGAAAUGUAUCUUUUAAUGUUUGAUUAAGUGUUUUUUAUUCACUCUGCUGCUGAAAACUCCACACCACCACUUUUACAUAAUUCAUCUCCUCAAAGCUAAAGCUUACCCGUUUCAAAGGAUCCUUUGUUUUUAUUCAGGUUUUCAGAUACACUAUAAACAAAUUUGCUUUCUAUGUGCUGUUAUACAUUGUGCAACCUAGCAAAUAUAUAAGAAACACACAAAGUAGUUUUCUAUGUAUUUUAAUAAAACUAACACAUCUGUUUCCUGUCUGAAAUCUUCUUUGUGUCUCAUCCUCUUGUUAUUCUUAAUCACAGAGGCUUUAUGAUUGUGCUGGCCUAACAUGUAAACUGGACAUACUGUUAAAAGAAAGUGCUGUGAAACCACAUUAAUAUUGACAACUGGACUGCCACAAUACUAAAGACAAGAAAUGUGAUAUUGCUGUUUACAUGGUACUCCAAUGAAAAUAACUCAAAUGUUUAUAAAAUACUGUAUAUGAUGUAAACAGCAGAGUGUUCAAAUGAAUUAUCCUUGAAUAAAGGUAUUGAACUGUUACGGUGGUAGGAAACUAAUUUUAGCGUGCCAUACAGUGGACAUACUGUAGAUGAAAAAGCUUGCAAAUGUUCAAUAUUUGACAAACAUCAGAAAUCAUGGGUGGUUCAUUUAAAUACCACAUACGUUAUAGUUAAAUUAUGUCUUAAUACUGCUGUAAAUUUGAGCCAGUUAUUUCAUUUUUAAAUGUAUCUAUAUUUUCAACUUGGAUUAUUUGUUAUUAAUAUGACUUUGUGGGACAAUUGUGUCAGUUAUUCAUCAGUUAAGCAAUAUGGCUUACUACUGGGAGUAUAAAAGUGAAAGCAGGAUAGCAGCUGUGUUGCACUUAUUUUCUUGGUUUCAGGACACAUUUAGUGUUUACAAGCACUCUCUUUUACUGGUUUGUCCUUCGCUGUUGAUGUGGCAUUUUCCAUAACCAUAUGCAGUGUUUUCUCUUUCACUGUAAUGCAUGUUUUCCCUUACGUAUUAGUCUUUCAGGGGCAGAUACUUUGACCAUUGAAGGUGAUGAUACUGUUUGUACAGAUAAUUUUCCAGUUCUAAAGUGGAAGAACAGGCAAAAAUGAAAGGCCAUGGUGGCAAUAUGUUAAUGUUUUGCAAAUGAUAUUGAGUAUGGAAAUGUAUUAUUCUACACUGUAAAUGUAAAUAGCAAGAUAAAAUAUUUGAGAGAACAAGAAACACUUUUAAAACAGUAACAUUACGAUUUAUCCAAACUCUUCACUAUUUUGUAAAAAGGAAAAGAUCAAACAUGUCUGUAAGGUAAUUAUUUAUAGUAGUAAUGUAACAUAGACUAAUAGCAAAACAUAUAUUUUAAUGAGUAUAUUACGAGUAUAAAGCAUGGGACAUGUUUAUUUUUAUAAACAAAAAUAUCAGACAAUAUUCUCUCAUCAGCACUUGAACAUUUUAACAUUAUGAUAAACAUUUUCUGUGGUUGUCAUUGUUCAGUUGUUUUGCUAAACUGUGUGGAUUUGGUUUCAGUGGUCUGUGUUUCAUUCACACGAUGAGCCCGCCAUGGCUUAAUCCAUUGUUUCUUUAUGUGCACCUAUUCAUUCCUGUCUUUAUUUACUGUCAAUGAUCUUGUCGUCACUGUGGUCUUCUGUCUGUGUACAAAGUUAACUCAUGUUUUAAGAGCAAUAAAGUAUAUUAUAUGAA